GUCAAAGGUAAUUUUGUACGUCGGCGUGGUGGUUUGGCGCCAGCAAUUUCGCGGGGCAGCAGCACAAGAGAAGAAGGAAGCUAAAAAAAUAAUAUAUAUUAAACAUAUAAAACUGGAGUGCAGAGUUAGAAACAUCACAGAGUGAAGCGGGCGGCCGGUGUGUUGGCUGGCUUUGAUGGUGUGUCUCGUCCUGAACUCGGAGCUCUGGAUACAGUGGAGGGUGAACGCAGCUUUACAUAAAUCUCACUGAGGCCUCGAGGAGGUGAGGAAUAAUGAUGGCGACUGCGGAGCCUCCGAGCGGCUCCAGCUUCCUCCCCUUGCUGGAGACUCUGGAGGACGGCGCUGCUGGACAAUCUGAGCAGACGGACGCCUACCUCACCAUCGCCAAUCGGCUCAGUGGAGAGGAUGGCCGCCAGUUUCUCCCUGCAGUUGAAAAGCACUUUUCUCGUUUCGGUAAAGCCAUCUUGGCUCAUAUAACAAGUCCGAAUGCUGAGCUGAGCCAAGCUGCCUUGCAAGCUUUAGGGUUUUGUUUGUACCAUUCUCACAUCGUCUCUGGAGUGUCUGAAACCUUUGCAGCAGAAAUACUGUCAGCACUUUGCUCCCUGGUGGUGAAGUCAACAGAUAAGAACACAUGCACCAGAGCAUUAUGGGUCAUCUCAAAACAGAGCUUUCCUCCAGAUGUGGUUGCCAAAAAAGUGUCGUCUAUACUGGGAACGCUGGAGAGUGUGUGGAGCAGAGAGGACAUUCAGUCUGUGGUAAUGGAGCAUGAGGCCUUGAACGUGGUCAUCAGGAUGCUGGAGCAAGUGCCGGCCCAGAUGGGUGAAGGAGUGGUACGAUGGGCGAAGCUUGUCAUCCCGCUGGUGGUCCACUCUGCCUCCAGGGUGCGUUUACGGGCCGCAGCAGCCAUGGAGAUGGGCAUGCCUCUUCUCCUGGAAAAGCAGAUGGAGGUGGCUGCUAUCAUCGAACCAAUGAUGUCCUCAAAACUGAUCCCAGAGCUCCAGAAGCUUUUCAUGUCAAAGAAUGAAACCAAUGUCCUAAAGCUCUGGCCCUUAUUUGUGAAACUUCUCGGGAAGUUGCUGCACAGAGGAGGACCCUUCAUCAACUCUCUGCUGCAUCUGGAGGAACUUGGUUUCCGCAGCUCUUCUCCUACCAUUAAGAAGAUCGCCUUCAUUGCCUGGAAGAGCCUCAUAGAUAACUUUGCCCUCAAUCCAGACAUCCUGUGCAGUAGCAAACGUAUGAAGCUCCUGAUGCAGCCCCUCGCAUCCAUCCAUGUCAGGACAGAGGCCCUGCUGCUCACCAAGGUGGAGGUCUGGUGGUACCUGGUGGUCCAACUCGGGCCCAACUUGUCACCCAACUUUGAUCAGAUUUCUGUUCCUCUGCUCCAGUGCACCAUUGGCUCUGACUCCUCUUCUGUCCCAGGCACCCCUUCUAGAGCUGUCAGUCAAAAUGGUGCUGUUACCCCUGGUACACCCAAGACUGGCACUUCAGGCUUUAACAGCUCAGCCAAUACGUCUCGGAUGAGCCUGAACUCCAGCGUCCAGAUCCCCUCCACCUUCCCCUCCAUCCAGCUGCUGGGCCUGGAGAUGUUGCUUCACUAUUUUCUGGGACCAGAGGUUAUUGCCACAGCUGCAAAGAACAAACUCAUCCUGAGUCUUGAGCCCUUGAACCACCCACUCGUCUCUGGUGCUUCCUCUUUCACUAAACAUGCUGCUGUGCUCACCUCGAACAUCAGAGAUGGAUUCACCAACAUCGGCAAAGACGCUCCAGAUUCUCUUUUGGCUCUCAUAUGGACGAGUCUUGUCCGGUGUGUCAACUUAACUAUAGAGUCUGUAGGCAGUAAGAAGGAUCGUCAGGGCUGUGAAGUACUGACACUGAUGCUCCAGGCUCUGCAGAGCAUCGUCACCUCAGAAGCUGUGCCUGCAGACAAAGUCCUGAUUCUGUUUGAGGCCACAGUGAAAGGUCUUCCCCAGAGAGUUCUUGGCUCUGCCACCUAUCAAGUGGGCAAGAUGGAUGUGCUAAAUGGAACGCCGGCUCUGUUCCUCAUUCUGCUCCUCUACAACAGCAGCAUGCUCUCAGCCUACAUAGAAGACGAGAGGUUUUUUCAGUGCCUUCAAACGCUGGUGGCCUGUGGGUUGUCGGGCCCCACUUCCCCUCUGGCGUUUGGGGAGGCGGUGCUGGGGGCCAUCAGAUGCAGCGCUGGGUCUGUGCAGGACAAGGAGCGGCUGUGGAUGAUGUGGAGUGUGAUGGUCAGCCCGCUUACUGACACCAUCACACAGUCUAAUGAAGUCAACCAAGGUGACGCUCUGGAGCACAACUUUAGUGCCAUGCACUCGGCCUUGUUGUUUCCCAUUACACACCUACUACGCGGCACACCACUACAGCAGGCGGCCCAGAAGUCGAUGCUGUCUUCGUGGUCCAAGCUGUACAAAGUGUUUGCCCGCUGCUCUGCGCUGGUGGUCACAGCUGAGGAGAACAUCUGCUGCGAGGAGCUCUGUGCAAAGAUGACAGCUGCAAUAGACAGAGACACCCUAAUGGUUCCUUCAACAUUAAAUGCUGUUGCCACUUUCCUCCAAGUCAUGGUCGAGUGUGUGGACUUCUCGCCGUACACUCCUCAGUUUCAGCAAAAGCUGAAGUCUCCUCACACUCCAGUAAACUGGAUGAGAAAGAGGAAUAAGGUCCUGGGGAAUCUGUCCACCUUCCAGUCCCUGCUGGUUCAAUGUCUAGAGGUGUAUCUGGAGGGCACUGAGGCUUCCUCUGAAGCCACAGGAUUGGCCCUGGUCUCCGUUCUGUCUGCUCUCUUCACCAACCUCGUUCUCGCCAACACUGUCAAGGAAGCCCUGACUUCUCUGAUUCAACCUCUCACCCUAUUUUACAAACAAGCAGCCAGUGAGCCGCCCAAAUUCACCUCGCAGCUUCUGGGAAAGUUGGAGAAGCUUCUCUGUGAGGUUCUCGGCUGUCUGCAGGCCCGUUCUACUUUGGCGUACAAUGAUGAACUCCUGGCUCUGCUGUCUCCUCUACUUUGUGUGUUGUUUCCUCACAAGAACAAGCAGAUCCGCACCUCAGUCGUUCAGUUCUGGAACUCAGCCUUCGCCAACUCAGUCAGCCUCACUUACCCCGAUGAGAUCAGGCCAAUAUUGAGCCAAGUGAAGCAGAAGACCCCAAUCAUUCUUCCUGGCUUUGAGGUUGUGAGUGUUCCUGAUGAGCUCAGUGGACAGUAUUCAAGUGAGAAUUCCCAGUUGGAGACCAAGCUGAGUGGGAUGCCAGUUUCAUCUGUGGGGAAGAGGGACUCACUGCUGGGAAAGGCUGCUGAGCUGAAGGACAGAAGCUCCACGAAGACCUCCAAGCCAGUUUCUACAAAACUGGACUUUGGCUCUCCCAAGCCUCCUCGCAGAGACGUUUUGGAGGAAGAGGCCUCAAUCGACUUUGUCUUCAUUCCUCCUGAGACGAAGGAGCGAGUUCUGACGGAGCACCAGAAGGAGGUGAAAAGGACUAAAAGGGUUGACAUCCCUGCCAUGUACAACAACCUUGAUGCUUCUCUGGAUACAACGGUUUUCACCCAGUACACACAGAGCCAAGAAGACUCUCUGGACAAACAGCCAACUGAACAAACUGAAGAGGUUACCAAAGAGACUCCUGGCAAGGUUCUCCAGGAAGAUGUGGAAAAUGAGGAAGACAUUGAAGUUCUAACAGAGACUCAAGACUAUGCCAGCCCAAAAGCAGUAGAUAACAUGACAGAAAACCACGAGCAGGAAGAGAUGAUCCCUGAGUCAGCAGAUGUUUCUAUGGAGGUUUCUAUGGAUACCAAGAGUGGUGAUAGAGCAGAAGACUUGGAUAUGCAGUCUAAAGAAGGCACAAGUCCUAACAUAUCUAGCUCUUCAGAUUUGGUCUCAGGGACUCCCCAGAAACCCAACAGUCGCCGUCAGUCCUUUAUCACUCUGGAGAAGUAUGCUGAGGGAAAGCCUGCCAGCCCCAGCAGUGCGUCCACUUUCACAGGUCCCCUCAUAAAGACCUCCAGAAGCCAAGAACGCUCAAACACCAACAAGACAUCGUCCUCUCAGGAUUCCCAGUCUACUCAGGCAGGAAAAAUUAACAUGCAGUGUCCUGUGAACGAUGCCCCAGAGUCUCCUCGAAGGCCAAAAGAUUCUGGGACGAAAUGUGAGCCAGUAAGGCUGACUGAGAGAUUGCCCAGUGAUACAACAGAGGACGAAGAUGUUAUCCCAGACACCCAGGCUGAAGUGGAGGGCAAGGAGAGUACAAAAAUAGCUUCUGCAUUAGAGGAAAUGAAACCCUCAAGCCAGGAAGAGGAAUCUGAGCCGACUCUGGAUGAUUCUCAAUCCUCUGUGACCCAGACUACUCCAGGCGAACCCAGGCGGUCUGGACGCUACAGAGUCAGACCUCUGCUGCCUGGAGAGGACCCUGAGGAGCGGGAAGAUAAAUACACGUUGUUCAAAAGGAGACGUUCUGGAGAAGAACCUAAAAGUGAUUCCCCAAAGUUAAGCUCAAUGCAAAGCAGACCAAACACGAGAAGUAAGCAAGGUGCUGAGGAGGACAACGGCAGAGACAGAUUACGAACAAGGGCUCAGAGAGACAAGAGUGAGUCAAGCCAAACCAACUCUCAGGGUAGAUCACACAAGAUCAAACUGUACAACAAUUCGGAGGAGUUCCUUUAUAAACCUGAACCCAGAAGGAGAAGCACCAGAGAGCAUGAGUCCAGCCAAACUGAUUUGCGGUCGGACACACAGUCUGAUUACGAAAUGCAGUCACAGGGUAGGCCCAGUCGGCGGAGCAAAUCAUCCCUGGAGACCAAGGAGGAGGGUGGAAUGAAGAAAAAGGUUUUGCCUGACAAAAAAGAGUCCAGCCAAACUGCCACACAUGAGCAUGAGCUUGUAGAGCAGGUCGAAAAGGAUAAGCCAAAGAGAGAUUCUCAAAUGAUCACUCCUUCCUCUCAAACUGGAGGCAAAUCCCAAGAGGUUGAGCUUGUAGAACAAACCGAAAAAGAUGGUGGUAAGCUAAAAGAUUCUCAAAUGAUCACUCCUUCCCCUCAAACUGGUGGCAAAUCCCAAAAGUUUGAGCUUGUAGAACAGACCGAAAAAGAUGGUGAUAAGCCAAAGAAAGAUUCUCAGAUGACCACUCCUUCCCCUCAAACUGGUGGCAAAUCCCAAAAGUUUGAGCUUGUAGAACAGACCGAAAAAGAUGGUGAUAAGCCAAAGAAAGAUUCUCAGAUGACCACUCCUUCCCCUCAAUCUGGUGGCAAAUCCCAAGAGUUUGAGUUCAUUGAAAAAAAGGCCAAAAGGGAAAAGAGAGAUUCUCAGAUAGUUGCUUCUUCAACUAAUGACCAGUCCCAAGAUAGAAAAAGCACAACAAACAAGUUGCUGAAUGAAUCAGAGGUCAAAGACGAACUCAAGACAAGAGAAGGUACAGAUGACAACCUUAGUCAAGAGGACUCUCAAGUGAUCACACCCUCAUCUUCUGAUAGCCAGUCUCUGCGUAGAUCCAGAAGAAGCAAGGCAUCAUCUGAGUCUGAAGAGAAAAGUGAAAAUAAGGAUUCAUUAGGAAGGCAGAGUAGGUCCAAUUCUCAGGCAGCAUUGUCAGCUGUCGGUCAGGCAGAGGCCAGAAUUGGAGGUAGGACCAGAAGGAGCAAGGUACAAGAGGAGCAGUCCAAGUCGAGUCCUAGCUCAACCCCAGAGAGUUCUCAGUCAUUAGAUAUUGCAGGAUCAACAGAGUCCUCUCAAGGCAGGGGCAGAUACUCAAGACGAAGAAAUUCUCAAGCAUUAGUGGCCAAUAUAGAGUCCUCAGAGUCUGAAUCCUCCGAGGCCAGAGAAAAUUCCCCUAUGCCCAAAAAGAGAGGGAGGAAACCGCGAGCGUCUCUUCAAAGUCCUCUCACCCUUGAAUCUAAAGAAGACAAAAUUAAUAAUGAUAUGGGAAUGGAUUGUUCUGAUACUUCUCAAAAGGCAGAUACACAAAGCAUAGAAGCUAAAAAAACAGAUUUAGAGGAUUCACCAAAAACCCCAGAUUUGCAGGGUUCUGAAUCGCUCCAGGUUACACAUAACAUUGAGGAGCCAAGUAACGAAGAAUCACCAAUGGAGGUAGAAGUUGAUACUGUUGUACCGAAAACUGAGGCCGACAACACAAAGAGCAAAUCGCUCAGUGUGUCUCCUCGCAAGGAGGAGCAAAGACAAAAGGACUCUGAAACAAACCUUGAUAAUUCCUCUUCGCAAGAAAGUGACACUGGGGACUUUCAAUCUGCUGAAAUGCUUGAAUCAGUUGGGAUCAGUACUGAACAGACUCAGGAAAAGGUGCCCUGUGACCCGUCUGUGACAUCUGCUGUGGAAGCACUGGCCCCCUCUAAUGAGACAACAGAGAAACUGCAGGCUUCAGAGUCUUCAGAGAAGGAAGAUGAACAAGUGUCUGAGCCUGUUGUCAAUGUUACAGAAAACCAAAAUGAUGAUUCACAUUCAAACCAGCAAGAACAUCCAGUUGUUCCAGUGGAGGAUGCAGUUGAUGACAGUCACAGCACCUCUUUUGGACAAAACCAAAUGGCGUGUCAAGAUGUCAUAGAGGAUUUUUCAAAGGAAGAGGAAGAGUCUGCCUCUAUCAAAGAAGGCAAAUCAACAAACCAGCCCACAGAGACCAGUGCCGGUGAUGACAUCACACCUCUACAGGAGAGCGAUAAAGACAGCAAAACCCAGAGUAUGGAGUGUCAGGAUGAAGAGGAAACUCAGACCACCAAUGCUGAGAACGAUGUAGCUGCAAAUUUGGAUGCUGCUCUGGCUGGUGUUUGCAACACUUCAGUGUUAUCAGAAUCUACAAGCAAAGAGGCUUUUCCGGAUUCUCCGGCAAAGCAGAAGGACCUGGAGGCUGUAAUGGGGGCAGAUGUCGUCCAAAGCCCCAGCAGUGGCAGGACCAGAGGAACCUGGUCUCCUUCAGCCUCCCCAUCAACCAGUAUUCUUAAGAAGGGCCAGAAGAGACCACUAGAGGAUGAGACCCCCUCACCUCUUGUCAAAUCCAGGCGUGUGUCUUUUGCUGAUCCAAUCCAACAUCAGGAAAUAGCAGACGACAUUGAUCGUCGCAGCCCUGCUAUCAGAACCAGCUCCCCCAGAAGAUCCAAAGUUAGCGGUAUCCCACAGCCUAAGUAUGUCACUACUCCAACAAAGGGCUUGCUGGUCUUAAGUCCCAGAAAUCUGCACAGUCCAGGUUACAAGAGCUCCAAGAAAUGCCUGAUUUCUGAAAUGAGCAAAGAACCGCGGCCUGUCUCCAGAGACUGUAUCUACCCCGCCCUGGUUGGCUGCUCUACACCUGUAGAAGCUGUGCUGCCUCAGAUAUCCUCCAACAUGUGGUCUCGUGGCUUUGGGCAGCUUGUUCGAGCCAGAAACAUCAAAACAGUCGGUGACCUCAGUGCUCUUACUCCCAGUGAAAUCAAGACUCUGCCAAUUCGCUCCCCAAAGAUCUCCAAUGUCAAAAAGGCACUUAAAAUCUAUGAACAACAGCGUAAAGGACGAGGCGGUGACGAGUUGAAGAGCUUUGAUGAAAUGGAGAUGAUGACUUCUGAACUGGAGGAGACCAGUGCUCCUCAAAACCAGGAUGAGGAGGAUAAGACCUCAGUAGAGACACUAGCAACAGAGCUGGUGGACGAGCUUGUUUCUGCAGAUGGGAGGCCAGAGCAAGAAGGCUCCGGGAAUCAGACAACUGACGCGCCGGCCGGGCAACAGAGACCUGAGGAACACCCUGAAGGGCUGCUGUCAGAGGUGGAGGCCCUGACCUGCAGGAUGACUCCACUAGAACUCGGUUACUGCUCACCACAGCAGCUCGUUCAGAUGCACGAUCAGUUAGGAGGCAUGAUGAGGUGUGUGGUAGUCGAGCUGCAGACGCGCCUCUGCCAGACAGAUGGCAAACCCUGAAGAGGCACUACCGCUUCUGUUGGAUCGGACCGCUAUUCAGGCGUUUAAAAGGCCCAUUAAUAGACAAAUCUAUUGGAGAGGAAUCUGCAACAAAGGAUCUGAACGUUUUCUUUUAUCCACCCAGGCUUUGUGUAGAUAGACUUGUUAAAUCAACAGAUUCACAAAGGAGGAUUUUUAUGGUUUUAACUGAGAAUGCCUUGGCCUUGUCUCACCUUUUUUGAUUUUUCUCUAAAGUGUUUUUUAAUAAAUGCUAGCAGCACUUUUCUUUUUCAUUUCUAGCUUGAGCUGUUCUGUAGUUUAUACGAUUUUAAGAAACACUCAAAGGGAAGCACAGUAACACUUUUUAAGCUGUGUCAAAAGAAGAUUUUUAAUAGCUGUAGUCUCGACAUGGAUGGUAUUUUCCUACUUAUCCACUGGACACUUUGUAAUAAAAGACUGAUGUGAGACUACAAAUGUAUGUAGAAGAAAAAUUACUUUUUUUUUUCUUUCCCCGUACAUGCUUUUGACACCUUACAAUUUUGUACAUAUGCUUUCUCGCAUGUCACUUGAUUUCCUCCAUGUGCCUGUUGUCAGGCUGUUUACAAUUCAACUCAUCAGUGCUCUUGUAUAUUUUGUAGUAUUUCUUGGUUUGUAAACCUUGUCAUUUCAUGUUAACUUCUUAUUGCAUUUUUAAAUUUAUGAGGCAUACUGUAGAUGUUAGUAGACAGUCUGCACUUAAGUCUUUAUUUGUGGUUUUAAAUACUUUAAUAAAAGACAGAACUGA